AAAAACUUUUUUAAUUUAUUUUAAUUUACAAGAAUGAUUAUAAAAAAAGGGGUUUCUGUUUCAAUGGGGCUUUUCACGUCAUCUUCCUUCUUUCUUUUCUAAAGACAACGACGGAUUCUUACCGCAACACACACAAAAAAAAAAUAACUCGAGAAUUCUUCAUUUCUUUUAAAUCUUAGAAUCUCGAGUUUUUGUAUAAAUCGAUUCUAAUUUUUCCUUUGUACAUUGUUUUAUAUAUACAUAAAACACACAAAUCGGGUAUGGGGGAAUUUGGGUUUUAAGAUAGCGUGAUCUGUAAUAAUAAGUGGUUCGCGAUCGUGAUCAAGAAACUGGUGGCUGAUAGUGUUCUGUUCUGUUCUGUUUUGUUUUUGUGUUGCUAGUGAUAUGCAUAUUUGAGAGAUGGUGUUCAAGAGAAAGUUAGAUUGCCUUUCCGUGGGAUUUGAUUUUCCCAACAUUCCCAGAGCUCCUCGUUCAUGCAGGAGGAAGGUUCUAAACAAGAGGAUUGAUCAUGAUGAUGAUAACACUCAGAUCUGUGCAAUUGACUUACUAGCUUUGGCUGGAAAGAUUCUACAGGAAAGCGAGAGUUCCUCUGCGUCUUCUAAUGCAUUUGAAGAAAUUAAGCAAGAGAAAGUAGAAAAUUGCAAGACUAUUAAAUCUGAGUCUUCUGACCAAGGAAACUCUGUGUCAAAGCCUACUUAUGAUAUCUCUACUGAGAAGUGUGUGGUGAACAGUUGUUUUUCAUUUCCGGAUAGUGACGGCGUUUUGGAGCGGACUCCGAUGUCUGAUUACAAGAAGAUUCAUGGUUUGAUGGAUGUAGGGUGUGAAAACAAGAAUGUAAAUAAUGGGUUCGAGCAAGGAGAAGCAACCGAUCGCGUGGGUGAUGGAGGCUUAGUCACUGAUACUUGCAACUUAGAGGAUGCAACUGCGUUAGGUCUGCAGUUUCCGAAAUCAGUCUGUGUGGGUGGUGAUUUAAAAUCACCAUCCACCUUGGAUAUGACCCCUAAUGGUUCCUAUGCUAGACAUGGGAACCAUACUAACCUAGGUAGAAAAGAUGAUGAUGAAAAAUUCUAUAGUUACCAUAAACUUAGCAAUAAAUUUAAGUCGUAUAGGUCUCCAACAAUUCGAAGAAUAAGAAAGUCCAUGUCGUCCAAAUACUGGAAACAAGUUCCAAAAGAUUUUGGAUACAGUAGAGCUGAUGUGGGUGUGAAGACUCUUUAUCGCAAAAGAAAAUCAUGUUAUGGUUACAACGCAUGGCAGCGUGAGAUCAUUUAUAAGAGAAGAAGAUCACCUGACAGAAGCUCGGUCGUAACUUCUGAUGGAGGACUCAGUAGUGGAAGUGUUUCCAAGUUACCCAAGAAGGGAGAUACAGUAAAGCUAAGCAUUAAGUCCUUUAGGAUUCCAGAGCUUUUUAUUGAAGUUCCAGAAACUGCAACAGUAGGAUCACUAAAGAGGACUGUGAUGGAGGCUGUCAGUGUUUUACUCAGCGGAGGAAUACGUGUUGGGGUGUUAAUGCAUGGGAAGAAGGUUAGAGAUGAAAGGAAAACUCUGUCCCAGACUGGGAUCUCAUGUGAUGAAAAUCUAGACAACCUUGGGUUCACCUUGGAGCCUAGUCCCAGCAAAGUUCCCCUACCUUUGUGUUCUGAAGAUCCUGCUGUGCCAACCGACCCUACAAGUUUGUCUGAACGGUCUGCGGCGUCUCCUAUGCUAGAUUCUGGAAUUCCACAUGCAGAUGACGUGAUUGAUUCAAGAAAUAUUGUGGACAGUAACCUCGAAUUAGUUCCAUAUCAGGGUGACAUAUCUGUUGAUGAACCUUCAUCAGAUUCAAAAGAGCUUGUCCCACUUCCAGAGUUGGAAGUCAAGGCGCUUGCCAUAGUUCCGUUGAACCAGAAACCUAAGCGUACUGAGCUAGCCCAGAGGAGAACUAGGAGACCCUUCUCUGUGACAGAGGUAGAAGCUCUUGUACAAGCAGUUGAGGAACUCGGGACUGGAAGAUGGCGUGAUGUAAAAUUGCGUGCUUUCGAGGAUGCAGAUCAUCGGACUUACGUGGACUUGAAGGACAAAUGGAAGACGCUAGUUCACACAGCAAGUAUAUCCCCACAGCAACGAAGAGGAGAGCCGGUGCCACAAGAACUGCUAGACAGAGUCUUGAGGGCAUACGGGUAUUGGUCGCAGCACCAAGGAAAACAUCAGGCGAGAGGAGCGUCCAAAGAUCCAGACAUGAACAGAGGUGGAGCUUUUGAAUCAGGUGUUUCAGUGUAAAAAAGGAGGUACGCAUUGGUGGGUGGGUGUACAGAAGCAAACAACACAAUAAAUGGACAACUCAAUUUCUGCAAAGUUUAAUUGUCUUUAUUUCUCGUUUUUUUUUUUCUCCUACAUACACUUUUUUUUUCCUUGCUUUGGCAUCUGUAAAUGACUCCAACUGGGAUGAGAUUCGUCCCUAACCAAAUUUUUAGGUUCUAUCUUUGUUUUUUCAACAUUGAUUACAUUGUGUAAUAAUUUCGGUCCAUAAAAAGGGAUCUUGUAAUUUUAUACAUUCUUUUAUGUUCUAUCCUUUCUGACAAGUGACAGGUCAAACCUUCUUCAUUAUUUCGUUCAAUUUUUUUAAUUUUUUUUCAAUAAAACACAUGAGAGAUGAGAGUGAUAUUGUGACA